AAUAUUAUGGCAUCUUCUCAAACCCUCACCACCCUCUUCAUCUUUUCACUUCUAACAAUCUCAUAUGCUGCAACAGAUCCAUUCAAACUACCCAAACAAACUAACAUUCACUUCCCCAUUAGAAAAAACCAAACAUCCCUUCAGUACUACACCACAUUUGAGGCUGGAAACCCGCAAUCACAGGUCACCGCAUUAAUCGACCUAGGAGCGCAAGCAGUAUGGUUCGACUGCACAUCCUACGUCUCGUCUUCUUACAAGCGAUCAGCUUGCGGCUCAAACCGAUGCAAGAAAGCCUUGGGAUCAGUCUGUGUCGGGUGCAACUCGACUCCUAGGCCAGGCUGCUCCAACAACACAUGUGGUGUAUACGCUUUUAACCCGUUAACCAAAUACUUAACCGCUCAAGAGCUUGGUGAAGAUACCGUUAGAGUAACAUCGUCAGACGGACACUCUAUUCGCCUUAGUUACGACGUCCCCAAAUUCCAAUUCUCGUGUGCGGAUGCUGGCAUUGUAGAAGGCUUACCUGGUGACAACACUAAAGGGUUGGUUGGUUUUGCAAGAACAGACGUCUCAUUAGUUUCACAAAUCUCAUCUGCGUUCAGUUUGGCUAAAAAGUUUGCCCUUUGUAUACCCUCUUCUUCUAAUAAAGGAUUAGGUGACAUAUUUAUCGGUGGAGGACCAUAUUACAUGCCUCCUAGAGACGAAGAUCAAUCUUUGGACCUUUCAAGCACCCCGCUCGUUAUCAAUCCGGUCAGCACCGCACCGAUUUUCUCUGAGGGAGAUGCAUCAGAUGAAUACUUUAUCAAUGUUAAAAGCAUUGAAGUCGACCACAAACGUGUUGCUUUUAACUCUUCUUUGCUAUCCAUUGAUAGUAAUGGAGUUGGGGGGACAAAGAUCAGCACUGUAGUACCAUACACCACUUUGCACUCGAGUAUAUACAAACCUUUGGUUAACGAUUUUGUUAAGGCAGCUGCAGUGGAUGGCAUCAAAAGGGUGGCAUCUGUGGCGCCAUUUGGAGCCUGUUUUGAUGCCAAGACUGCUCCCAAGACGCUAGUCGGGCCUGCAGUUCCAGAUAUCGAUCUGAUUUUAGAGGGAAUAAACAUAUGGUUUACACUCUAUGGUUCUAACACAAUGGUGGAAGUUAAGAAGAAUGUGAUAUGUCUUGCAUUUGUUGAUGGAGGAGCUGAGCCUAGAACAUCGAUUGUUUUAGGUGGGCAUCAGUUGGAGAACCGAGUUCUUGAGUUUGAUUUAGCUGCAUCAAAACUGGGGUUCAGUCAACCUCUUCAGCUCUGGAACACAAGCUGCUCUCACUAUAGGCUAUCUUAAAUUAUAUCCCUGAGUAACUUAUGAUUUGGAUUUGGAUUUGGAUUUUGAUCUUGUAUCCUUCCAUUGGAAUGUUUUAAUCUAAAUAAAGAUUAUUGUGGUUUUUCGUA